AUGAGCAGCUUCGCAUGCCUCCAAAGCUCCCGCCGGGCUCUGUAUCGAGUCUUUAUCGAGCGUGAUGCUCUUACACGCCAAUUCAUCACACCAGCACAACGAACACUACCGUUAUACCAGAACCGUCGAUUCUCUGUGUCACCACUACAAUUGAAGGGAAAGUCUCGCCGACAAAAAGGUCUUUUGGCUGAUUUGGAGGCGGAACCCGAUGAAGAUGAAGCCAGAGCUUUUGAUCGGCGCUACACCACCCAGGAGGAUUUUAUCAAAUCUGGCCGCGACCGUCUCCCUAUAGAUUUCGAAAUAACGGAUCCUAAAAUCAUGGUCCUCGAAAAUGGAAUCCUCGAUGGACCCAAGGUUACGCGCAACGUCAUGAGUCGCAUCGACACUUCUACCGAAUCUCUCCGAAUGGCAACUCCCUACAAACCCGCCGACCCUAAAAACAACGAGCCGGUACAGUAUGCGCUGUGCAAGGUUGUCAACAAGAGGGAAGAAUACGAGAGACAGCGCGAGAUCCAACAGCGCCGUCGUGUGUCUAAGCAGACUUCACCAAAGCUGAAGGAGAUUGAGAUGAGCUGGGCAAUCGACGAUAAUGAUUUCAAAAUCAAGACGAAGCAGCUCAUCGGAUUCCUCAGCAAGGGUUGGAAAGUGGAACUCAUUUUGGGAUUCAAGAAGAAGGGUCAGAAGAAGAGGACUUCGGAGGAUACAGCCGAAGAAACAUACGCCAAGGUGCAACAGCUCGUCAAGGAUCUUGGUUCAAAAGAGCACAAACCUAGUGAAGGAGAGGUUGGUCGCACUUUGAGGUUUUACCUCGAAGGUAUUUACAAGGAGUUGAAUACCGAGUUGCAAGCAGAGGCUGCCAAACAACAAGAACAUGCUACUACUGAAGUAGAGCAGGAGCAGGAGCAGGAGCAGCAGCAGCAAGAGGAUGUUCCUGUACAAAAGGAAGCUUAA